CACGCUCGAAUCGAAACGCUGAAAACCCUAACCAUAGUAGCGUCUCGAUUCCGAAUAAUUUUCCACCCCAUCCAUCGUCGGUCGAUACUUAGUAGGCGCAUUAGUCCAUUUUGAGCCACCAUCCGAAACGGUUUGCUUUGAUCAGGCUUAGAAACAAAAAAAAGCAGUAAUUGACCCGCCGCGAUCGCUAUCAUCGAUAUUGUUCUGCAUUUUUCCGCACUUGUGGAGCUCUGCGUAAUUCUCACGCGGAAAUCCAACUGCCAGUGCACGUUUUUCGGUGAAUUAAAUCCGGUGGCUCCAUUCUACCGCAUGCAGCUUGGAUCCAUUUGAAGAAGCAACAUCAUCAUCAUCGUCUUCGUCAUCGCAAAGCUUUUUAAUAAAUAAUUGAUUUAUUAGUUCCAUUGUUGAGCUGGAGUUGGAUGCUGUGGAUAUCGAACGAAGAACGUGUAAGAAUAGUUCGCCUGUGCGGAUUUGCUGAGCGGCACAGAGUCAAGGAUACUUCAACAACAAAAGUUCGUUGGCUGGUCCCACGCGGUGCACCUGCUGAGAAACGUUGCGAUUGCAAAGAAUUUUCUGCCAUCAAGACAUUCAGCAGCCACCGUUGAGCUCGAUCGGAAGAGUGCAUUCGUUCCGGUGAAAUAGUUCCACUGAUUGGAAGCUGUGUGUUACAAAGAAUCUCGCGAAUUAAAAAGGUGUGUUGGAAAAGGGCAGAAUAUGAUCAUUUGAGCGCGGAGACAAGCAUGAAGAAAGCUCUUAAGCCAGUUGUUCAGUUUGACAAAGGUUUAGUAGCGUUUAGUUUGGCGCCAGAAUGCCCUCGAGUCCGAUAAUGGUGGAAAACAUUAUACUGACGGUGAUGAUUGUGCUGGGUUCCUUGCUUUCGGUAGUGCACAACGAUCCGGUGCGAAGGUUUCAAAAAGUGACGAAGUUCGAAGAAAAUGAAGCCACCCCAAGUCAGGAGUUAGAUUCCGGUGAAUCUUCAACUCCAGUGCUGGAGAACUUUACUGAAAUUGAGCAUGGGAAUGCAACGACGGAAAAUGAAGCGGACAGCGUUGGCAUCAGUACGGUGAUAGUGAAGAUGAAGCAUUUUGGGACGAAGAAUUUUACGUUUUUGGAACCGGAUCAUAUUCCGAUUAGUGAUUUCAUGGGUCUGGACGAGAAUUUGGAUCUAGAGUUGCUGUUCAGUGAGCAGAUGCAGCAUGCAGAUUUUAAGCCGAAUGAAAGUCCGGUGCAGAACGUUGUGGUCCAGAUCGAUGACUACGACGACGACGGAAACUCGCAGAGCUAUUACCUACACUCCUCGCCGUACUCCGAAGACCCCCGCAAUGGAUCCUCACCCAGCUCAACGUCAACCAUCUCCUCACGAGUUACAGACUUCUUCCGGGACGUGUUGCAACGGCUCGGAGUCUACAAGUACAUCGUCGACUACCAAGCGGAUCAGAAGCAGAAGCCUGGGCAACUGGGUCCGAAGAUUCCCCACAGGUUCCACCCACACCUCAUCAACACCCCGAAGGGUAUCCGCAACCUGCCGAACCAUUUCGUUGAACAGGUGACACCGUCGCUGACUUCCACCGGAACAACGAGCUCCUUGGGAACGGCUGGGAGCUCGACGAAGCGCCCCUCACGGCCGUUCAAGACCACCGUCGGUGGGCUUUUCGUUCAGUUUAAGCAGCGCAUCAAAGCCAUCUAUCCGGGAACGGUUUGGUGUGGCGAUGGCAACCAGGCCAAGAGCGAAAACGAUAUCGGGUUCUUCUACAUGACGGAUACGUGCUGUCGGGCUCAUGAUCUGUGCCCGGCGGCGAUCGCAGCCGGGGAGCAAUUCAAUCGGCUGAAGAAUAAUGGAUAUUUUACAAGAUCUCAUUGCGACUGUGAUAAGCAGUUCUACAACUGCCUCAAGAAUGCCAACUCCCUGGUUUCGAACCAAAUCGGAUACACCUACUUCAACCUGCUCAAGCCACAAUGCUUCCGCCACGAGCACCCGAAAAUGGGUUGUUCUAAGAAAAUCAAGGGAAAAUGCCUAACCUAUGUGGUGGACGAAACCAAGGAUAAGAUGUGGCAGUGGUUCGACAACCUGAUCUACUAAAAGCGUUAGAUUUAUUCCUUUUUAGGUUGCAUCAACAAUCCGUGUGUAUGUGCGUAAUGUGUAACUAACUGCGUUUGAGACGCAGUCUUAUUUAUUGUAAUUAUCUAUCUAAUGGGUUCAAAGCAGAUAGUUCUGCCAAACAAUUCUCCAGUCAAAACUGGACUUAAGGGGAGUAAGAAGUGCAAAUGUGAUACUAAACGAAACAAAGCAAGAGUUGCCAAAUAUAUCGUAAAUUAAGCAAAUAA